GGAAGGUCGAACCUGCGAAUAAGUUGAGCUGUUAUCCACCCGCCCAAUUUGAACACGUACGGCCGAACCUCUUGUGGUCGGUUGGUGCUCCAUGGUUUUUGUCCACCUUGGAAUAGCGCCAGAUCCCUGUUGAACGCCGUCAAAAGUGAGCUCCAUAUGCCCGGUGUUGAGGACAUUUGUCAACUCGUGGCCUUGGUUCUUCAAAGUCGACUUUCCCCCCCACAACCAGAACGGACGAGACUUCAAGGUCAUGGUUCUUCCCUCGGGCCCGUUUCUGACGGAAUAUUAGAGAUUCAGUACCUCAGCUGCGACUAGAGACGCCGCCCAGUCUCGCACAGCCAUGGACUCGAGUCUUCUUUCAGUGCCGGGAACGCCUCUCACACGUCGCGUUCCCGCGCACUCGUCUCGAAUGCAAUAUCGGAGCCGGCCAGUCUCAGUAGCAGUGGACCCCGUGUCAUUGGUCAUAUCAGAGUGCAUUGCAAUCACCUCCGCCAUCCACAAGUACGCUCGAUCUCCGCAUUCGUCUGUCUCGGCCAUCUUGGGCGGCACCCCAAACCUGGUCCAACUGGGUCCUCCCAGUUCCCUCCGCACCCGAAGCAAGAGCUCUUCCGCGCCCAACCCGCUCGGCGAUGGCUCCGGGGACUUUGGACCGGCUAAUAGAUGGGGGUUGCGUGGCAAGAAGGGCAAGAGCAUGCAGGACAACCCCUUGAUCUCGGGCUUUGGGAGGUUACGGCACGAGUUGACGGGCGUCAAGGAUAUUCACAAGUUCGACUCCCUGAUGCUCCUCUACCCUUUCCUCCAGAUCAUCCAGGCCAAAGGCACGGCAGCCCCGAUAACGCUACUUGCCCUUCGAGGCAUACGAAAGUUCCUCGCCUACGGAUUUAUUGCCCCCGAGUCGCCUAGAUUCGCUCUAGCGAUGCAGUCCCUGUCAGCCGCCAUCACGCAUUGCCAGUUUGACAUCAGCGAUUCGGCCCAGGAGGAGGUCGUCCUUCUCAUGAUCCUGCACCUCAUGGAGGACAUGCUUUCCGGUCCAGGGGGGGAUAUUCUCAGCGACGAGAGCGUGUGCGAUAUGAUGGGGCGUGGCCUGACAAUUUGUUCCCGGCCCAGAUUCUCCGAGGUCCUAAGGAGGACAGCCGAAGCAUCGAUGGUUCGAAUGUGCCAGAUAAUAUUUGAGGACCUCAAGCACCUCGAGGUCGAAGCUGGGGAGGAAAGUGACGCCCUGGACAAGCAGACGGACGCGGACAUGGAUAACGUUAAGAUGGAUCCCGCCGCGAAUGGCACCGAUGUGCCGUUAACCCCUGAGCCCACAGCCAUUCAAGGAUCCGUUGAACCACGGCAGUCGUCAAGCUCUGAGAAGGCGAGCAGCAGUGCGGACACACCUGCCACAGGAGAAGCGGGCCGAAGUAGCACUUCGUCGAGCUCGGAGAGUUCAAUAUCCGUCGAUCUCAGGCCUUAUUCACUUCCUUCUGUGCGGGAGCUCUUCAGGGUUCUCGUGAGCUUUCUCGACCCCAAUGACCGGAAACAGCCUGACCAGAUGAGGGUGAUGGCGCUUCGCAUCAUCCACGUUGCUCUUGAGGUUGCAGGGCCUUCGAUUGCGAGACAUCCGGCCUUGGCGACCAUCGCCGAAGAUCGGCUAUGUUGCCAUCUCUUCCAGCUCGUCCGAUCUGACAAUAUGGCUAUUCUCCAGGAGGCACUCAUAGUGGCCGGAACCCUUUUGUCCACGUGCCGAGAGGUGCUGAAGCUGCAACAGGAGCUGUACCUGUCGUACUUGGUGGCUUGUCUACAUCCGUCGGUAGACAUUCCCCGUGAACCUGGCAUCGACCCGUCCCUCUACUCUGGCAUACCACAGGCUCCGAAACUUGUCAAGCCUCCUCCGUCACAGGCGAGCAGCGGCCGAUCGACACCAGUGCCAGUCAAGGAUCGCCAAAAGCUCGGAAUGGAGGGCGGAGCCCGCAAGCCGGACGCACGACAGGCCAUGGUGGAGAAUAUCGGCGUCCUGGUGCGAAUGCCCACCUUCAUGGUUGAGCUGUUCGUCAACUACGACUGUGACGAGGAUCGUUCAGACCUGUGCGAAGACAUGAUCGGGCUCCUCUCAAGGAACGCUCUGCCUGACUCGGCGACCUGGAGUACAACCAGUGUCCCACCCCUCUGUCUUGACGCAUUGCUCCGGUUCAUACAGUUCAUAGCCGAGAGGCUCCAUGACUCCACGGUCGCGAACGACUACCCCGAUCCAGACAGGCUGAGGGAGCGAAGGCAGAGGAAGAGGCUCAUUGUCAAGGGGAUGAAUAAGUUCAACGAGAACCCUAAGGGCGGUCUCGCUUACCUCCAAGACAAGGGCGUCAUCGACGACAUCACCAACCCGGCUUCUGUGGCGAGGUUCCUCCAGGGCACCUCGAGAGUAAGUAAGAAGGUGCUGGGAGAGUUCUUGUCCAAGAAGGGCAAUGAGCCUAUCCUGGAUGCGUUCAUGGACCUGUUUGACUUCGCUGAGAAGCGAGUGGACGAGGCCUUGAGACUCCUCCUGGAAACCUUCCGCCUACCAGGCGAAUCACCUCUCAUCGCACGGAUCGUCACAUCCUUCUCGGAGAGGUACUGCGCUGGAUCCACCCCCGAAGGUGUUGCAGACAAGGAUGCCGUGUUCAUCUUGACCUACGCAAUCAUCAUGCUGAAUACGGAUCAGCAUAAUCCUAAUGUGAAGGGUCAAAAUCGAAUGUCAUAUACCGACUUCGCCCGAAACCUUCGCGGCCAGAAUGGUGGAAAUGACUUCAGCCCGGAAUACCUUCAAGACAUCUUCGACGCCAUCAAGUCCAACGAAAUCAUUCUCCCCGAAGAACACGACAAUCAACAUGCUUUCGACUAUGCCUGGAAGGAGCUCUUGUCGAAGACGGAAUCCGCGGGGCCCCUCACUCCUUGCAGCACGAACAUAUAUGACGCCGACAUGUUCGCAACAACGUGGAAACCUAUUGUGGCAACCCUGUCCUAUGUCUUCAUGUCGGCUACUGAUGACACCGUCUACGCCAGGGUUGUGACUGGGUUUGACGAGUGUGCCCGCAUCGCGUCCAAGUACGGGAACACGGAGGCGUUGGACCAGAUCAUCUACUGCCUCAGCCACAUGACUACCCUCUCGUCCGAGACUCUCUCCAGCACUGCCCUGAACACCGAGGUCCAGGUCAGCGAAAACAGCGUGAUGGUGAGCGAGCUUGCAGUCAAGCUUGGUAGAGACUUCAGAGCUCAGCUGGCCACGUUGGUCCUCUUCCGUGUCGUGACUGAGAGUGAGCAUGUCGUCCGACGGAGCUGGAAAUAUAUCAUCCGGAUAUGGCUCAAUCUAUUCGUCAACUCGCUCAUUCCGCCUUUCUUCUCAAGCGAUCCUUCUCGGGUGUCACUCCCGCCAAUUCCGUUGCAGAGUCCAAGCCAAGUUGUAGACCGGGGAGCAAAGCAGAACGAGUCUGGCUUCUUCUCCGCUUUUACCUCGUACAUCUCUAGCUAUGCUGCAGACGACCCUCCUGAGCCCUCUGAUGAAGAGUUGGAAAGCACUCUGUGCAGCGUGGAUUGCGUCAAUGCGUGCCACAUGGGUGACGUGUUUGCCAAUAUCUCAAACCUCCCGGCUGAGAGCUUAGAAGCUCUAGUCGACUCCUUGUUGGCCGAAAUCCCAGAAGACGUUGGGUCGAAUGCUGUAAUUGCAGUGAAGUCGGAGAACGCGCCCGCAUCACCCGUCAACGGACAGAAAUCGCAGAAGAAGCCAGUGUACGAUCCGGCGAUGGUCUAUAUCCUCGAGUUCUGCACUGUUCUGGCUCUCCGGGACGCCACUACGGUCGAGUUGCUUGGCCAGCGUGUAGUUGGCGCCCUUCAAGCCAUUCUGCGGGACGCCAGCAGCUAUCACCCCAUACUCGUGGCGCGUGCGACCUUCUACCUCUUCCGGUUACUCCAGUUCAGCUAUGACUAUGAUUUCGUUCGGGCGCCUGUUUUGCUUCACAGCGUGUCAAGCUUCCCCGCAGACACGCUGAAGAAGACGUCUCAGCUGGUCCUCCAGGGCCUCAAGCUAUGCAUCGAGAAGCCGAGCCCACUGAGGAAUGAGAUCAUGACGUCGCCUGAUUUCUGGGUGAUCCUGCAGACUCUGGCUACCAACUCCGAGUCGGCGGCAACUGUCUUUGAUAUUCUGGAGAGCGGAGUUUCCGGGUCGCCGCCGGCCAUUAUGGCGGACAACUAUGAGGCCACCGUUGCGCUGCUUAACGGAUUUGCUUCUGCCGCCAGCCCCGGGCCAGAACAUAAGGUGGACCGGAAGCAGCAUCAUCGGAAACCGCGUCCAGUCCAGCAAGAAAAGUCAAGUGACAACCCUGCCGUUGCACGGGGAGCCAAAGCCGUUAAUAUCAUCUACGAUAUGACGUCUCGCAUCCCUCAUCUUAUGAAACAGUCCCAUCUCGAGAACAGUGAAGCCUGGUCCGCCUACUGGCUGCCAAUCUUCCAAGCACUCACGACACAAUGCACCAACCCCUGCCGUGAAGUGCGACAACUGGCCUUCUCGUCCCUCCAGCGGGCAUUGCUGUCCCCCGAGUUGACAUCCAGCGACCACGAGGAGUGGACAGCCAUAUUCGGGGAGGUUCUCUUCCCACUGAUCCUUAGACUCCUCAAGCCCGAGGUCUUCUCGUCGGAUCGAGAUGGUAUGAGCGAGACCAGGGUACAGGCUGCAUCUCUGCUUUGCAAAGUGUUCUUGCAAUAUCUUGUCCUUCUGUCAACGUGGGAUGGAAUGCUGGACUUGUGGCUCAAAAUCAUCGAGAUCAUGGAUCGUCUCAUGAAUAGCGGCCAGGGAGAUAGCUUGGAGGAAGCAGUUCCCGAGAACCUGAAGAACGUCCUGCUGUUUAUGGCCAGCAGCGGCUACCUGGUGCCGCCGAGUCAGAACCCCGAGCGGGAAAAGCUGUGGACGGAGACGUGGAAGCGUAUUGACCGCUUCCUGCCCGACCUCAGAAAUGAGCUCUUUGCAGAGGACCCCAAGGCGGAAGAGCCGCCGAGCGCCGCCCCGCAGUCUCCCAAAACCGAGGAGAAUGUUGUUUAGAUGGGAUGGAUGGGUGGAUGGCACUUGAGAAUAGAUGCACCCGGGGUGACUCGGCCGGACCAUGAUUUUGCACUUCUAAUAACUAGACCUCAUGACCGCCGCUCGGCCCCAAUGUGUAGCAUCACUGGGAUUUUGGCCGGGGAUAAGAAUCAUGCCCGAGAUAUAUAAUCUUGUGUUCAAUAGAAACCGCCUCCUCGCUGAUUGGGGGAGGAGGGAGCAGGCUGGAAUGCCUGCCUGAUUCCUAGAUUAGCUGUACAUAAGUCCAAUUGACCAUGAGCUGUGUAUGUACAGAUGAUUGAGUGUGUCCUUGGUCGUGUCUAGAAUGCCUGUCGGUACAGGAAAAUGCU